AUGUUCUCUUCGGAGAAGAAGGAGGCUAGCAUUGGCGCAAAAUCCGUGCAAGAUGGACCAUACCACUCAUCGAGCCCCAGCUCAAUCUCCCACGAAGAUGUCGAGGGUUCGCCAGUUCCAGGCACGACAGUGCAGCUCAAGCGUAGACUGCAGUCGCGUCAUUUGCAGAUGAUUGCUAUUGGUGGAACAAUCGGUACAGGUCUCUUCAUCGGUUCUGGAGGCGCACUCGCAAAUGCUGGACCUGCCGGCGCAUUGAUCGCAUACGCCUUUGUCGGUACACUCGUGUACAGCGUCAUGGUCGCCCUGGGCGAAAUGGCCACUUUCCUCCCCGUUUCCGGCGCCUUUACAGCAUACGCAUCCCGUUUCGUCGACCCUAGUCUUGGGUUUGCCAUGGGCUGGAUCUACUGGUUCUCAUGGGCCAUGACUUAUGCGCUCGAGUUGACUGCUAGCGGUCUGAUCAUUCAAUACUGGGACGCCGACCUCAACAUUGGGAUUUUCAUCGGCACAUUCUGGGCAGUUAUAUCGCUCGUCAACUUCCUUCCUGUCUCCUUUUACGGCGAGGUUGAAUUCUACUUCGCGAGUAUCAAAGUCCUCACGGUGAUCGGAUUCAUGAUUUUUGCUAUUUGCGUCGAUGCAGGAGUUGGACAACACGGAUACCUGGGCUUUGACACAUGGAAGAACCCUGGCGCCUUCGCGCCUCAUAUCGUCGAGAACAACGAGGCUGUCGCCAAGUUUGUCGGUUUCUGGGCUGUUUUGAUCCAGGCCGGUNNUUUCUCCUACCAGGGAACCGAGCUCGUCGGUAUCGCAGCUGGUGAGACCAGCAACCCUCGCAAGACUGUCCCUGCCGCCAUCAAGAAGACUUUCUACCGUAUUGUCUUCUUUUUCGUUCUAACCAUUUUCUUCAUUGGUCUUCUGGUUCCCUACGACAACCCAGAUCUCGUUUCCGACCACACCGAUGCAUCCGCCUCGCCUUUCGUUAUCGCUGCAAACCUUGCUGGCGUAAAGGCGCUCCCUAGCAUCAUUAACGCAGUCCUCCUCUGCGUUGUCCUCAGCGCCGCCAACUCAAACGUCUACUCUGGCUCGCGUAUUCUCGUCGGUUUGGCCGAGCAGGGCUCCGCACCCAAAUGGAUGGGCCGCACCACUGCCAGCGGAGUCCCUUACUUCGCCGUUGCCUUUACCGCCGCCUUUGGUCUCCUCGGUUUCAUGAACGAAUCCAACUCUGGCGGUCAAGUUUUCAACUGGCUCGUCAACAUCACUGGUGUCGCCGGCUUCAUCACCUGGACCUGCAUCAACAUCUCUCACAUCGCAUUCAUGCGCGCCCUCGCCGCCCGUGGUGUUUCCCGCGAUACCCUUCCCUACAAGGCAAUGUGGCAGCCCUUCUUCUCUUGGUACGGCGUCUUCUUCAACAUCUUGAUUAUCCUCACGCAAGGAUUUACUUCGUUCAUGCCUUGGAACACCAGCGACUUCUUCAUCGCAUAUGUUUCGCUGAUGUUGUUUGCUGCCUUGUAUGCUGGCCAUAAGCUUGUUUACCGUCAACCUUUUGUCAAGCCCAUCGAGGCUGAUCUCGAUACCGGUCGUAAAGAGAUUGAGGAGAUGCACUUUGAAGAGGCCGAGCCCGUUGGUGCUUGGCAAAAGUUCUGGGCUUGGAUGGGUUAA